UCUGGUAAGUCUCUAUUUAGUGGAGACUUUUCAUGGAUAGGCCCUGUAAAAUUAUCUUCUUAAAAGAGAAACAAACCUUAAACCUCAAUACCAGUGUAACAGACCCACUGUUCAGCCUCUUCUACUGUCCUUUAGAGCAAUGCGGCCAUGGCUCCUGAAUGGGAUAAUGUCCUUAAUCUUCCUUGUCUUUUGCCUGAUAUCAGACCGGUACCUCUCAGCAGCCCAGGCUAAGCUCAGGAGGAGAAUAGGGAGGGCAGAUCAGCCCUCAGCUCCCUCCCCAGUUGCUUGUCAGCUUAGUCAAUGGUCAACAUGGACUGAAUGCUUUCCAUGCCUGGGUAAGAAGCAUCGAUACAGAAAUCUCCUACAACCGUCCAAGUUUGGUGGAAAUGUGUGUGGUGGUGACCUUUGGGAUGAGGCAGCCUGCACCAGCACUGAAAGCUGUACAAUGAAAACCCAGUGUGGCCACGAUUUCCAGUGUAAGGAAUCAGGUCGUUGCAUCAAGAGGCGCCUUCUAUGCAAUGGAGAUCGAGACUGUAAUGAUGCAUCUGAUGAGGAAGGCUGUGAAGAUGCUGGGAUCCUCAGAAAUGAUUGCCUGGAAUUCAACCCCAUCCCUGGAUCAGAAAAGGCAGCGCAAGGGUUUAACAUUCUGACCCAAGAAGAAAAGAUGAAUGUGUAUGAUCCCACAUACUUUGGGGGCUCGUGUGAACGUGUCUACAAUGGAGACUGGAAGUCCCUCAGAUAUGACUCUGUCUGUGAAAAUCUCGAUUAUGAUGAGAAGUAUUUCCGUAGGCCAUACAACUUCAUCAAGUACCAAUUUGAGACCCAGGCCCAACAUGAUUUCCACUCACAUUUUUAUAGUCAUGCUGAAGAGCUAACCAGGGGCCUACAUAAGGAAGAAUUCAGUUCUUCUAGCGUCUCUGUUGGAAUCCCCAUCUACUCUGUAAUCCUGGGCCUGGGAUUUUCCUGGGCAUCUGGAAAGGGUUCCCUGAAGAACGUGACUGUGUAUACAGAGAAGGAAUAUGGCUUCAUCCGAGCCUACACAAAAACCCAGACUGCUCACUUCAAGAUGAGGAGAGACGACAUUGUCCUGGAUGAGGAUAUACUUCAGGCAAUCACUGAACUCCCUGACCAGUAUGAUUACGGCACAUACGCCAAGUUUAUCAAUGACUAUGGCACCCACUACAUCACCUCUGGGGCCAUGGGAGGCAUCGCAGAAUUUAUUUUAGUCGUCAACAAGGAGGUCAUGAAAGAAAAAAAGGUGACUGAUGAAGCUAUAAGUUCCUGUUUUGGGGCAUCCCUGGGUAUCCAGUACAAGGUGGUUCAAGGUCAGCUGUCAGGCUUAGGAUGUGAGAAACGUGGAGAUGGAUCCUUGAAAAGGGACUUGAAAGACAUGGGCGUUAAGGACAUUAUAACACGCGUGCGUGGUGGAACUGCUGUGCCAACCUCUGGCCUUUCCAACAGCUGGACAGCUGAGACAUAUCUUUCCUGGGGGAGGUCGUUAAAGGAUAAUCCUGCUGUUAUUGAUUUCGAGCUCCUGCCCAUCUUUGCCGUGUUACGCCAAAGUAACCUGGGCCACCAUGAACGUAAAUGGCAGAACAUGAGGCGGGCACUGGAUGAGUACCUGGCAGAGCAUGACUCUUGUCGUUGUGGGCCCUGCAUCAACAACGGUGUGCCCAUCCUCGAGGGAACCAACUGCCUGUGCCAGUGUCCCCAGGGUCGGUCUGGCCCUGCCUGUGAGAGAAUGCAGCAACAGGGAAGCCCUGCUGCUGGCCAUUGGAGUUGCUGGAGUCCCUGGUCCCCCUGCCAGGCAGGCAUCAAGGAGAGGUCAAGAAGCUGCAACAACCCAGCUCCCCAGAAUGGAGGAGCCUUGUGUCAAGGAUCCAGCACCGAGAGACAAGAGUGCUGAGGGCCUCAAGGAGGGUCUCUUGUCUGUCCAGGGUGCUGAAUGUGGCCACCUCUCUCCAGUGCUCCUUAUACCUAAUUAGCAAUAAUAAUAGUAUAAUAAAUUCAACAAGCCUUGGAGGUUUACAGAGUCUAUGCCUUACAGAAAUCUGAUGGGCCAGGUAGUACAAAUAUUAUUAUCAUCCCCAUUUUACAGGUGAGGAAACUGAAGCAAAGAGAGGUAAAAAAAAAAAAACAAACAAGACUGUAUAGCUGGUAAAUGGCAAAUAUUAGACUAGAACCUGUCUUCAGAUCACCAUUUUGCAUAAUUGCCAAAUCUUCUAGGGUUGUGUCAUGCCCAUCUCAGACAAGGAUUAAUUAAAAGUGCCUACUAUGUGCUACAUGCUGUACCACCAGUGAGGGAUACUAAGAUAAAGGGAUCAGUUACUGCCCUCAGGGAUCUUAUAUUCUUACUGGAAGAGGUAAGAUGCACACAUAGAGGUGUGUACAGAAAAGAUACAAAAUGAAUACAAGGUAGGCUGGAAGGGGCCCAGGAGCCCAGGAAGGUCAGGAAAGGCUCAGGUAAGAGGUGGGGCUUUGGCUGAAAUACACACACACAUAUAUACAUCCAUGCAGAUGUAGAUGUGUGUACACAUAUAUGUAUAUGAGGGCGUAUAUACAUAUACAUACACAUGUAUGUAUAUAUACAUAUAUUUCUAUUUCUCCUGUGUCUGUAUCUAUAUCUCUGUUACCUAUGUAUGUGUGUACACAUGUAUCUAACUAGAUUUAUUUCCUAUCCAUGUUCCCAGACCUUCUGUAAUCUAUCCAUGGAUCCCAGCUUAAGAACCCCUGGUUCAGAUAGAUAGGUGAGAGCCAGAUCAUGAAGAUCUCUUGGUUUUAAAUGUCCAACAGAGAAGUUAAUAUUUAAUCCUGGAGGCAAUUGAGGGUCCAUGGAGUUCCUAGAGCAGGGGAUGGGGGAAAGUGGGAGGUUGCAAAGUAUUUGACUAUAUAAGUAAAAAAAAGAACAUUUAGUUAUGAAAGAGGAGCAUCUAAAUAAGAUGCCUCAAGAUUCUAAUUAUAAUGGCAACCUAUCUCGAUAGCUACAAAUUGAAAGAAGGACUGGGUAAUGACCAUAUAUGGCAUGGUCUGGAAGAAUGGAUAUGUAAGGCUACUGUAAAGCUUCCAUUAUCCAAUGAGGUCAUAUUUGUAAAGUGCUUAGCCCUGUGCCUUGCACAUAAAAGGUGCUUAAUGCA